CCCGUGAGAUGGUCGUUGAGGGAGAAAAAAAACAAAACAUAACACACUAAGUAAUGAACCGGAGACCUAAGGCUGAGCUCUCCCACAAAUUACAAUGUGUAGCAUUCAGAUUAGACACGGAGGUUUCCUCCAGGGGUGAGGAAGCUAACACCAGCUAGCUAGCCGACCGGCCCUGUUGUUCACCAUGAAUUUAAGAGGACUCUUUCAGGACUUCAAUCCCAGUAAGUUCCUGAUCUACUCCUGCCUGCUGCUGUUCUCCGUGUUGCUGUCCCUGAGGCUGGACGGGGUCAUUCAGUGGAGCUACUGGGCCGUGUUUACCCCAAUAUGGCUGUGGAAACUGUUGGUGAUCAUCGGGGCCUCCGUGGGCACCGGAGUGUGGGCCCACAACCCUCAGUACAGGGCUGAAGGGGAGACGUGCGUGGAGUUCAAGGCCAUGCUGAUAGCGGUGGGGCUGCACGUCCUGCUGCUGAUGUUCGAGGUUUUGGUGUGCGACCGCGUGGAGAAGGGCAAAUACUUGUGGCUCCUCGUCUUCAUGCCGCUCUUCUUCGUGUCGCCCGUUUCCGUAGCAGCGUGCGUCUGGGGCUUCAGACACGAUCGCUCCCUUGAGCUGGAGGUGCUUUGUUCUGUAAAUAUCCUGCAGUUCAUCUUCAUCGCUCUGAAGCUGGAUGACAUCAUAAGGUGGCCUUGGCUGGUGGUGUGUGUCCCGCUGUGGAUCCUCAUGUCCUUCCUGUGCCUUGUCGUCCUCUACUACAUCAUCUGGUCAGUCCUCUUCCUCCGUUCCAUAGACAUCAUCGCCGAGCAACGGCGCACGCACAUCACCAUGGCAAUCAGCUGGAUGACCAUCGUUGUACCUCUUCUCACCUUUGAGAUCCUGUUGGUGUACAAGCUGGAUAAUCACAAGAGUCCGAGCUACGUGUGUGUGUUCGUCCCGCUGUGGCUCUCUCUGCUCACACUCAUGGCCACCACCUUUGGACAGAAAGGAGGAAACCACUGGUGGUUCGGCAUCCGUAAGGACUUCUGCCACUUCCUGCUGGAGCUGCUGCCCUUCCUCAGGGAGUACGGCAACGUGUCCUACGACCUCCAGCGCAGCGAGGACCCCGAGGCGGUCGACGACCUGCCCGUCCCCGAGCCGCCGCCCAAGAUCGCCCCCAUGUUCCACAAGAAGACGGGCGUGGUGAUCACUCAGAGCCCCGGGAAGUACUUCGUCCCGCCGCCGAAGCUCUGCAUCGACAUGCCCGACUAAACGCCGGCCGCGCCCGCAGCCGCCGGACUCUUGUUUUAAAAAAAGCAAAAACUAUUAAAGCCAAAGCUGCAGAGGACACGGUGUACAGAUUUAUCUGCUGACCUGAAGGAGUCAGAGCGGCUACCUGAACCGAGCCGCGGCGCGCUGCUCCUGCGAAGGAGGCGGGGUCUGUUCAGAGCCGGCGGAUCACAACUCCUCACUCUGGUUUCUUCAGGUGUCUGAAGACUCUUCCCUCAUCUGUCUAGCAGCAAGUCGUCAAACUGACUGUUUUUUCGCCUCUCGGUGAAGUCACACUGUGUUGCUUAUGUCUAAUCUUGACGAACCUUUUGGUUUAUUUGACUACAAAGAUAAUCUGAGAUUAGGGUCUGCUUGAGGCCGAGUCGGGUCAGACUGGAUUUGACUGAAACGUUUUCAGGGUUAUUAAAAGAAAAAAAAAGAAAGAUGCAUCAGGUUGUGAUGGGGGACCAUUGGAAAGACUCUGUGGCUUCAUAUGGGAUCAGUGUAGCUCUCGUUGUUAUGUCUUUAAUGGAGCCAUAAAUCAGACAUGUAUGGCUCCAUUACAGAAAUAAGAGGGUUAAUUUAAUAGUUUUAUUCAGGUUUGUUUGAUUGCAAUGCUUGCAUGUUGGUGUUUUCAAAAGAAAGUCACUGUAACCACACCAGAUUCUUUACAAACCUUUAUUUUUACUACAUAUGCACUUCUUCAUUGAACUCACAAUGAUUGUUUUUGGUAUUUUUUUUGUAGAAAAUAACUAUUUCCAAUUUGAAAAUUUUCCAAUCAUAAUUUUUGUUGCAUUAUUGAAAGAAUGUUUUUUUGGUAAAGUUUUAUUAACAAAAACCAGACAACAAAUAGUUUGUUGCUACAGGAACAAGUUGUAAAAGUAUUUUGGUUUAUUUAACUAUUUUAGUUUAGUUUAAAAAACUGACCACAUUUUGGCCCAUCGUGAUACGUUUUCAAUCUGGCAUUUGAUUUUAAUAUAACUUUGCUAGAGCUGCUGCACCAAUCAAUCAACAUUUUGUGGCCAAUUUUUCUUUAUAUAUUUCUUCCUCUUUUUUUUAUAUUUUGAUCUCUGAAUUUAGUCAACCUUUGAACCGCUGAAAUUAGUUCUAGCCUGUCCUGAUUACUUCUUUUCAGAAAUAUAAAAUACAUAAUCCCAAAGAAAGUUUUUAAGAUUUUAAAAUAAGUCUUUACAGAUGUUAAGCUGUAAAUAGGACCUUAUACAAGCAUUCAGCAUCUGAGACAUCCCAAAGGCUGCCAACAUUUCCAGAUGCCGAUUUUUCCAGAAGCUCAAGACGGGGGGGGGGGGAAAGAGGGCAACAUUACUGUAAUAUGUUCAGCCUUCUUGGUAUCUGCUGAAAGUUUUGCUCUCUCUCAUCUUUAGCCUAGUUAAACAUGCAGACAUGGCAUAGGAAAUUGUUUGCCAAACAGCUUAUUACAUCUCUAAUCUUCCUUUGACUUCAUUUCAAUCACUGCUCCAAAUACUAAAAAAAUAGUGAACUUUGACUCUUCUUCCCUCAGUAGCAGCAUCCACACUAAACACAAACUGUGAACACUUCAAUGGUAUGGUGCGUUCACUUAUCAGAAAAUGUUUGUAUUUUGGAGUUUCACGCCAACCGUACGUUGGUUAGGGUUGCAAAGGAAGGAAAAAAGAGAGAGUUUGGUUACAGUGACUUGUUUUUUAAUGACCAGGCAGGUAUUGUUCUGAAAUAAACCUGAUUAAAAGUUGUUUUUUUUUCAUUAGGAGAAAAUCAGAAAUGGCACUUUGUUAAGAAGCACUGUAGGACUUCUUAUGUUUUGUAUACCUUCUUUUUUUUCUUUUUGUAAAUACUACAGCUCGUGAAGUUUGGGACCAGAAGAUUGAAAUAAAAUCAGUCCUACACUCCUA